AUAAUAAAUUCCUCAUUAUGGGCUUGCACGUUUUCUGGCCUGCCACGGCCUGCCUGACGCUCUUCGUAGUUUGCAUUAUAAUCGUGAUGCUCAAGUACGGCGCACGUCUCUGCAAAUUACGGCACGAGCCGUUGCCCUCCGACCAGGACUGGGAGGGCAAAGUGUAUUCCAGAAAACUAUCUGUCUCCGUGGCGUGAGAACAGAUAGCACUGUACCCGAAAAUGUACUCAGAUUGUGCAUUUCUUUUUUCAUUUAAAUAUUUAAAAUAUGUGUAAAUGAAACUGCCAAUUUGUACUUUUGCUGACGUAAAUCGAACGUAAAAUAACUUCCAAAAGUAUUUAUAACUGCUUUUUCUACGAUACACAUCUCGUAUAUAGAUAUGAUAUUGCAAAGACACAGUAUUGAUCAUAUAAUGAUCUGACAUUCCGUCCAUUUACUACGUAAUACGUACUAAUAUAUAUCUUUUAUGAAUGUAGAAAACACGUGCACGUGUUUUUUUUUUUUUUUUUUUU